AUGGCUGGGAGUAACGAGCUCAACCCCAACGAUUCUAAGAUGGUGGUUCCCCUGAAUAUGUGGGUACUGAUCUCAAAUUUCAAGUUGGCAUACAAUCUUCUUCGUCGUCCGGAUGGUACUUUCAACCGGGACUUAGCAGAGUUCCUUGAUCGGAAAGUUCCAGCAAAUGCGAACCCCGUGGAUGGAGUGUUUUCUUUUGAUGUCAUUGUUGACCGUGAAACCAAUCUCCUUACGCGAAUCUAUCGUCCUGCUGCGGGAGAAGAACGUCCGGUGAACAUUCUUGAGCUUGAGAAGCCCGUGAGCUCUGAGGGGGUUCCUGUCAUCAUAUUCUUCCAUGGUGGAAGUUUUGCUCAUUCUUCAGCCAAUAGUGCCAUAUAUGAUACGCUGUGUCGUCGACUGGUGGGUAUUUGUAAGGCCGUUGUAGUGUCUGUGAACUAUAGGCGUGCACCUGAGAAUAGGUAUCCCUGUGCAUAUGAUGAUGGGUGGACAGCUCUUAAGUGGGUUAGUUCUAGAUCUUGGCUUCAGAGUAGGAAGGAUAAGAAAGUUCAUAUCUACAUGGCUGGGGAUAGCUCGGGUGGAAACAUUGUGCACCAUGUUGCCCUCAAAGCUGUCGAGUCUGGAAUUGAAGUGUUUGGGAAUAUACUACUCAACCCAUUGUUCGGCGGGCAAGAAAGAACCGAGUCUGAGAAGCGUUUAGAUGGGAGAUAUUUUGUUAGAGUGAAGGAUCGAGACUGGUAUUGGAGGGCUUUUCUUCCUGAAGGGGAAGAUAGAGACCAUCCUGCAUGUAACCCCUUUGGGCCAAAGGGGAAAAGCCUUGAAGGGAUUAUCUUUCCCAAGAGCCUUGUAGUGGUUGCCGGCUUAGACCUUGUUCAGGACUGGCAGUUGGGUUAUGCCAAAGGGCUUGAGAAGGCUGGCCAAGAAGUGAAAUUGCUAUUCCUGGAGCAAGCAACCAUUGGGUUUUACUUGCUGCCAAAUAACGAGCACUUCUCUCCUGUUAUGGACGAGAUAAAACAUUUUGUCAGCCCUGACUGUUGA